CUUAUAUUGAACUGGAAAAAUAGAUAGACGGCUGGGAUAAAACACAAUACACUAAGCGGGGCUCACAUACUAUUGUCAGUAGUCACCUCGCUACUGACACUGUGAGUACGCAAUCAGCCUCCCAAACUUUCCCAACUUUCUGUGUUCGCACGGAAAAUCUGUGCGCUGGAAACAGACGAUCCGCACUAGAAGAGUUCCAGAAAGACUUGUUUUGAAGACAAGAGCCUUCUCAAGAAGAAGAGAGAGAGAAAAAAUGGAGAGUAUUGUUCAGUUUGCCGUAGAAAAACUGAACGAUUUUGUAACACAGGAAGCAGAUUUGCUACUCGGAGUAGAUGAGCAGAUCAUAUCGCUUCGAACCAAACUUGAAUGGAUGCGUGCCUUCCUCGAGGAUGUCGAUAGGAUUGGCAGAGAUAAUAAAAGAUUCAAGAUCUGGGUUACUCAAAUAAGAGACGUAGCCUACGAUGCUGAGGAUGUCAUCGACUCUUACAUCUUUAACAUUGAACAGAAACGACGAGAAGAUACAAGUGCUGGAUUUAUGAGAUGCCUAACUAGUUUUGCUAGUUGCAUCAAAGACAUACCAGCCAUCCACGACGUUGGAAAGAAGAUCCUCAACCUAGAAAGAAGGGUCGGCGAGAUCAAGGAGAACAUAUCACAGUUCGGCGUCGGCAAUAUAUCAGUUGGUGGAGAAGCUUCAUCUUCUUCAAAUCAAAGCCAGCUGCGGAGGGAGAAGAGGGCUCCCAUUGUCGAAGAAGCCGAUGUGGUCGGUUUUGAGGACGAGACAAAGACACUGGUGGGGCGGCUGACUGAAGGAGAUACGCGGCGUGCUGUGAUUUCGAUCACAGGUAUGGGAGGGAUAGGUAAGACUACUCUCGCAAAGAAAGUUUACAAUGACAUCCAUGUAAAGAAGAGUUUCGAUUUUCAUGCUUGGGUGUAUGUCUCUCAACAAUAUCUAGUCCGAGAGCUUUUACUGAGCAUUAUAAAAUGCUUUAGAGCCCUCGAACGAGAUGACAAGGAGACGACGCCUGAGGAAGACUUGCAGCUGGAACUCUCUCAGUACUUACAAGGGAAGAGAUAUCUGGUGGCAUUCGAUGAUAUAUGGAGCAGACAAGCUUGGGACAGUUUGGUUUCUGCAUUUCCAGAUACGAAAAAUGGCAGCAGAGUGCUUCUCACAACUCGCAAUGAAGAUGUAGCAAGGCAUGCAGACGCACAGAGUACACCCCAUAAACUCCGUUUGCUGGAUGGAAACGAGAGCUGGUCACUGUUCUGUAAGAGAGCACUUCCCGGAAAUCUUUCUCCUACGUGCCCUCCAAAUCUGGAAGAGUUGGGGAGAAAGAUGGUCGCCAAAUGUGGAGGUUUACCUCUAGGAAUUGCAGUAUUAGGAGGCGUCCUAUCAAGAAAAGAGAAGUCAGUGAAUACGUGGGAGAAGGUUCUUAAAAGUGUGGAAUGGUGGCUACAUGAAAGCAAAGAAGAUGGGAUCUCAGGCAUAUUGGCCCUGAGUUACCAUGACAUGCCCUAUUACUUGAAGCCCUGUUUUCUUUAUUUCGGAGCUUUUCCUGAAGAUUCUGAAAUCUAUGUCCCCCAAUUGAUUCAGUUGUGGAUGGCAGAAGGAUUCGUGCAGAGAAGAGGAGAAGAAGAAAUGGAGGAUGUUGCGGAGGAUUACCUGGAUGAGCUCAUCAGUAGAAGCAUGAUUCAGGUGGCGGACAGGAGGUUCAAUGGAACGGUUGAAACAUGCCGUAUUCAUGAUCUUCUACGAGACCUCUCAAUAUCAGAAGCGAAGGAGGAGAGAUUUCUGGAAGUGCAUGGGAACAUGGCGCCUGAAUUACCUACAAAGGCACGCCGACUUGCAAUUACUUGUGGUGACAUCAGUAAGUCCAUCUCUCUUAACUGCUCCACUCCACAACUCCGCUCUUUGUUGCGCUUCAGUAAUGAGAAUCAAAUGCUGGAGAAACCGCAGUUGAAAAUCAUCUGGGGAGCUUUCAAAUUGCUCAGGGUGAUGGAUCUCCGUUGUGUACGCAUCUCUAGUCUCCCUGAUGAAAUAGGGUAUCUAAUCCACUUGAGGUACCUAAAUCUCAGUUGUACCUGGUUAGGAAGGCUACCACCCACCAUAACUCGCCUCUCCAAUUUACAGACUCUCGAUCUGCAGUUAACAAAUGUCCACAUGCUACCGGAUGAUAUUUGGAAGAUGGAACAGAUAAGGCACCUGUAUCUAUUCACUACGGCAGGACUUCCCUGUCAAAUCAGCAACGUCAUGCAAAUCCAUCGCUUAAGCAAUCUCCAGACUCUAAAAUUUGUAAAGGAGGGCAGCUGGAUAGAAGAUGGAUUGGAGAAACUAACCAAUUUGAGAGAAUUGGGAAUAAAUGGAGAUCUCAAAAUGGCAUUGUCCCGUUCCAUUCUUAAACUGGCAAGCCUCAGAUCAUUGCUGCUAGGGGCAAGUCCUAAUUGCGCGAUUCCAACGUUUUCAUCCUUCUCAAAUCAUCACCAUCUAUUUCACAUGAAUUUGGACGGACCCUUUGAGAAAUUACCGGACGUGCAUGAGUUCCCACCUAACCUCACAGAGCUAUUCUUGAGGGGGUCCCAAUUAGAGCAAGACCUAAUUGGAACGCUGGAGAUGCUGCCGAACCUUCGGAAACUCUCUUUAUUCUCAAGAUCUUACAUAGGAAAGGAAAUGGUUUGCUCUGUAGGAGGGUUUCCACUGCUCGACUAUUUGUAUAUUUACGAAUUGGAUGAAUUAGAGGAGUGGAGAGUGGAGGAAGGAGCGAUGCGGAAUCUUAGACGUUUAGAGAUCAGGAAUUGCAUAAAAUUGAAGAUGCUUCCUGAUGGAUUGCGACAUAUCACCACUCUUCAAGAUUUGCAGUUAUCACUCUUGCCGGAAGAAUUCAGAGAAAGGGUGCGAAAAGACGAUGGAGAGGACUGGUUUAAGAUCCGACACGUACCCUCGCUCACCAUCUACCCGUAGUGUAUGGGAAUCUUUACAUGUAGGUAAUUUGCUUUGGACUUGUUCGCAUCCAUUUCAUCUAUCUAGACCAUCCGUUAGGUUCAGUCCACUCAUCUUCUAUUCCUUAGAAAAUUUAUAAUGAUUGGAUGAUCCAAACGGUCCAUCUAGUUUCAUGGAGAAAGUAGGGACAGGAUUGCUUCUAUAGGUUUAGUCAAGAACGCUUACAGUCGUUUGAUUGUUGUGAUUUUUACAUAGUAGUGGAGAAGAGUGGACAGUACCUUAUGGACGGUCUCCAUAGAUGAUAUUGAUUCGUACGGGUUCAAAUGCAGUCCAGGUGCAGGUAAAAGUUCAAAUAUGUGAGCUAUCUACUUCUCUUGUAAAAUUUAGGCUUUUUAUAAAAAUGUCCUCUUGUAUGUU